CAAUCAGCGACGCCGCUAGGCACACCAACGUCAGUCUCCUCUCCUCUCGGCCAAUCAGAUUGCUCGAUAUGACUGUACUUCACCCGGCCAGCCGCCUGACGCUCAGGUAGACGGGACGUACCGCGGAAAGUCUUCUCUCAACACCUUCCAUCAUGGUGGUUAACGGCACAACAGACAUCCUGAGCUCUGCUUACCUGGCGGUGGAGUAUGUAGAUGCAGUGCUGCCAGAAAAUCCCCUCCAGCCCUCCCUGAAACACGCCUGGGGCUACAUGCUGGACAACUACACCAAAUUCCAGAUUGCCACAUGGGGGUCGCUCUUUGUCCACGAGUUCAUCUACUUCCUGUUCUGCCUCCCUGGUUUUCUCUUUCAGUUCAUGCCCUUCAUGCAGAAAUACAAGAUUCAGCAGGACAAACCAGAGACCUGGGAGAAACAGUGGAGAUGUUUCAAGAUGCUGCUGUUCAACCAUUUCUUCAUCCAGCUGCCUUUGAUCUGUGGGACUUACUACUUCACCGAGUUUUUCAACAUCCCUUACGACUGGGACUCCAUGCCACGCUGGCCGUACGUCUUGGCUCAGUGCUUCGGCUGUGCUGUUGUUGAAGAUACCUGGCACUACUUCCUGCACCGUCUACUGCAUCACCGCAGGGUCUACAAAUACAUCCACAAAGUCCACCACGAGUUCACCGCUCCAUUUGGCAUGCAGGCAGAAUACGCUCACCCUGCUGAGACGAUCAUCCUGGGUGCUGGUUUCUUCAUCGGCAUCAUGAUAUUCUGUAACCACGUCUUCUUCCUCUGGGCCUGGGUGUCCUUCCGCCUGCUGGAGACUAUAGAUGUCCACAGCGGUUAUGACAUCCCUCUGAACCCGCUCCACCUGAUCCCGUACUACGCCGGCACCCGUUUCCAUGACUUCCACCACAUGAACUUCGUCGGGAACUACGCCUCCACCUUCACCUGGUGGGACAGGCUGCUGAAGACGGACAGCCAGUACAACAAGUACAUGCAGAAAGAGGGAAGCAAGAAGGAGGAGUAAACCACUCAUACCUCUGUCAGGAGGAAGGAAGAAGAGGCAGUGAGUUGUACAGACAGCGGCGAGAGAACAAACAAUGCUGCUUUUCCUCUUGGUACACUCAAUGAAACACACAUGGGUGUACUUUAAAUAAAUCCAGGGACUACUAUGAUUUGUUUCUAAAUAGGACUGCAUGUUGACUUCAGUCCGUCUUCUGUGCCUUUCUGCAAAAGAAGUAUUGUUGUGUGCUUCUAUCACCAGCUGCUGGCUGAAUAAAAACCAUCAACAUCCUCAUUUUUGAUUUGUCACUUUGGUCAUUGAAUGAAAAAAAGUUGUACCAUAUGACUCUUGUGAAAUGCUUCCGUAUACCUCUGAAUGUCUGAGCACUUUAAGCGCUUCUUCUUUAACUUUUAACUAAGUCACUGCGUGACACUGUGUUAUAGCUACGGUUCAACUGUAACUGAAACCACAAACCCAUGUCAAUGUUUGAUGGAAAGGGAUUGGCUCAUAUGGCACUUCCAGGUUGUUCAAACCUAUUUUGUUAAAGACUGUAUGAAUAAACAUUUUAUUUUACACAAAGAAA